AUGGCUCAUGUUGAGUUCUUCAACAGAGAAGUUUCAUCCAUGGGAGCUGAGAGCCAAAGGCUUGAGAAAUUGAAACAAGAUUUGAAGCUUGAAGCUUGGGAAGCAGAAGUUUUGAGGAUAUAUGGUGCUCUAGAAACAAGGACGAAGGUUAUCAAGAAAUUGGAAGAUGAAGUUGGGGAGCUGAGAGUGGUUUUGGACCCAGUGCAGGAGGAGAAAAAUGUGCUCUUGGAAAAGCUUGAAUUGGCAGAAAUAUCAGCUUCCUCAAUCUCCAAGAUUGGAGGAGAAGGGAUCAAAAUUGAGGAGGUCCUCGAAAAGGAAAUAGAGCAGCUGCAGAUGGAUCGUGCAGCUGAACUGAAGGAACUGGUUUACUAG